AUGUCAGGCGAAGCGGAUGCCCAGGAGGCGGAGCAUGAGCAUAUCUUCAUGCACUGCCUCCUCAUGUACUGCAUAUUUUGUCCAGAUGUGAAGUACUUUUCUCCAUAUACUGUAUCCAGAGGAAGUGCAUUGGAUGAUCUUUUGCAGGCUGUGAUACCACAUGUGAGGAAGCUGACACUACCAAUAGAAGUGGACAUGAUGCGGGUGAAGAUGCUGCUUGCCUUCGUGAUCAUCGGUCCAGCUACUAUGGCAGAUGCUUUGAAGUGCAUCUACUGCGGACCGGUGGCGGGUUCUGGCAUACCUUCUUGCGAUGGCAAGAAUUAUCAGCAGAAGACUUGUUCCUCCGAUUAUCAAAACCCGACCUGCAUGUCUGCGUAUGCCAGCAAAGGAGGAAAGCUGCUGUUCGCAGAUUGCGCCGAUACCGUGGCAUCAGGAUGCAUCCAGGCGUCGUCCAACGACACCCAAGCCGUCGCCUACGCCGGGAUGUACCAGUGCGCCUGCAAGACAGACCUCUGCAACGGACCCAACGACGCGUCCGCCCUUUCUUUCUCUCCUUUUCUUCUCGUCUUCUUGCUUUUCGUGGGCGGUCACUUCAUCCGAUUCUGAGGGGUGACGUCGCUGCACGUUUCCGGAAUGAUUCCAUAUCAAUGCACCGAGAGAAAUGAGAAACCCACAUUUAAAAAAUCGAAGUGUAUUUUUCUUGCACUUUCCUACCACUUAUACGAAUUCAUUCGAUGAAGGAGAAAUGUUGUCAUGCUCUUAAACUACUCCUCUCGUUUCCAC